AUGGCUGCAAGGGUUGCUAUGAAAUUCAUGAGAGAGUGCUUUAUAUCUAGGAAGCUUAAAUCAAAUAAUAUUACAAGGCAUUAUUUUUCCACUGCCGCUUCGAAUGCUAAUUCUCCUAAUAUCCCCAAGAAAGUUCCUCAUUUUUCCAAAAAGGGUAUGUUACUCACGGGAGCCACCAUGGGUCUACUUAUAGGUGGAGGUGCCUAUGCCAGUACCGUGGAUGAAGCAACUUUCUGUGGUUGGCUUUUCAAUGCAACGAAACUAGUCAAUCCAUUUUUUGCAUUUCUGGAUCCAGAGGUUGCCCACCGACUGGCUGUUUCUGCCGCAGCUCGUGGAUGGGUCCCAAUAGAGAAAAGGCCAGACCCACCAAUAUUGGAACUCGAAGUUUGGGGAAGGAGGUUCUCCAAUCCCAUCGGUCUUUCUGCUGGUUUUGACAAAAAUGCUGAGGCUGUUGAAGGCUUACUUGGUUUAGGUUUUGGGUUUGUGGAGGUAGGAUCGGUUACUCCAGUCCCGCAGGAGGGGAAUCCAAAGCCUCGUAUAUUCAGAUUGCCUAAGGAAGGUGCUAUAAUUAAUAGAUGUGGCUUCAAUAGUGAGGGAAUUGUUGUUGUUGCAAAGCGGUUGGGUGCGCAACAUGGUAAGAGGAAGUUAGAAAUGUCAAGCACUACAUCUUCUGUGGGUGAUGAAGUUGUACAUGGAGGGAAAGCUGGUCCUGGAAUUUUGGGGGUCAACCUUGGAAAGAAUAAGACCAGUGAAGAUGCUACAGCAGAUUAUGUACAAGGAGUUCAUACAUUAUCCCAAUAUGCUGAUUACUUGGUUAUUAAUAUUUCAUCUCCCAAUACUCCUGGACUUCGCCAACUUCAGGGGAGAAAACAACUGAAAGAUCUUGUUAAGAAGGUUCAAGCGGCUCGUGAUGAAAUGCAAUGGGGUGAGGAAGGCCCGCCUCCUUUGCUUGUGAAAAUUGCUCCAGACUUGUCUAAACAAGAUCUUGAAGAUAUUGCAGCAGUUGCUCUUGCUCUUCGAGUAGAUGGAUUGAUCAUAUCAAACACAACGAUUCAAAGACCAAAUCCUGUUAGCAAAAAUCCAGUUUCGGAGGAACCUGGAGGCUUGAGUGGGAAGCCACUGUUUGAUUUAUCCACAAAUAUACUGAAAGAUAUGUAUAUUCUCACAAAGGGAAAGAUUCCUCUGAUAGGCUGUGGAGGUAUUAGCAGUGGUGAGGAUGCAUACAAGAAAAUACGAGCUGGGGCGAUUCUUGUUCAGCUGUAUACUUCUUUUGCAUAUGGCGGGCCUGCUCUUAUACCUAAGAUAAAGAGUGAACUCGCACAAUGCUUGGAGAAAGGUGGCUACAAGUCCAUCUAUGAGGCAGUUGGAGCAGAUUGCAGACGGCCUUAA